AUGAUGAAGUCGAAAGCCGAGUGGGAACCAGAUUACCACAGAGUCUUUGUGGAUUUAUGCGUCGAGCAGAAGCUGGUUGGGAACAAACCUGGAACGCAGCACAUACUGGAGCCUUUUCAGCAGACGACGGGUGCAAGAUUCAACAAGAAGCAGCUAAAGAACCAUUGGGACACAAUGUGCAAGCAGUGGAAGAUUUGGCGUAGGCUUGUUCAAUGCCCUGACAUGAAAUGGGAUCCUGAGACCAACACUUUUGGUGCCACUGAUGAAGACUGGGGCAACUAUUUACAGGUGAAUCCUGAUGCUGGACAGUAUCGGCUGAGUCCUCCAAUGUAUCUGAAGAAGCUAGAGAUGAUCUUUGAAGGUGUGAACAUUGACGGUAGAGAUAAUGAUGAUGAUGAAGGUGGUUCUAGUCAAUACAAGAGGAAGAGAAGAAGCAGGCACCAUGAAGGGGAAGAAGAAGAAGAAGAAGUAGCAGAGGAAGUUGAUACUGGUGAUGAUAUGCAAAUAGCGUCUAACUUCUCGACUCCUCAGUCUAAAGGGUAUUGGUCACCGGCCUCGCACGAGCUGUUUGUGGACUUGUUGGUGGAGGAGACUUAUAAAGGAAACAGACCUGACACGCAUUAUCCAAAGGAGAGCUGGAGAGCGAUGCUUGAGACUAUCAAUCAAAACAGUGGGAAAAACUACUCUAGAGCUCAGCUGAAAAACCACUGGGACUGCACGAGGAAGGCCUGGAAGAUUUGGUGUCAAGUUGUUGGCUCUCCUAUCAUGAAAUGGGAUCCAAAUUCUCGUACUUUCGGCGCAACAGAAGAUGACUGGAAAAAAUAUUUAAGGGUAAGAAAAGCUGACCAAAAUCUUGAAUCGUUUGGUAAAGUUUAA